UUUCAUGCUGAGAGGUGCGUGAAUGCGCGCGACCGGCCUCUGGGAAGCUGCAGAGAAGACCAAUGAGCGGGCACUCUCUCCCCGCCGUCUCAGGAUUGGACGAACGGCGCCAACCUCUCAGUCUAGCAGCAGGCGGGGCGCGCUGGGGAGGGACUGGGAUAGGCGAGUCCCCGGGGCGCGUGCGCGUGCGCGGUCUCGCGGAAGCCGCGGGGGCCGGUCUCGCGCGGUCUCGAGGUGGAGUAGCUGGCGGCGGCGGCGACAGCGGCGACGGAGGAGGCUGGCGGCGGGGCAGGGGCGGGGAGUUAGGAUUGUGAGGUGGGGAAUCGAGAGUUUCUGGAUUCUUUAUCUGGCAUUUUAAGAGUCAGUGGAGGGCUGUCGCUUCUGCAGUGUUUAGGAGCGGCGGUGUCGGGAGGAUCUGAGGCCGCCUUGGAGCGGAGACUAAGAAAGCCUGAAUUCGGUGAAAAACCAGAGAAGAGAAACUAAGAGGAUAGUAGACAAGGUCUUUAUGAUUUGAGUAAUAUUUCCUUCAUGGAUAUUUUUGCAUAGCAUUAUUAUGUGAGAAGUUUCUGGUUGGUUUUUUUUUUUUUUUUGACGUAACAUGGAUUUUAUACUACAGAAUCAAGAGAAUUGGCUUUAUAGGAAAAUUGAUUUAUAAAAAGUGGUACAGGUUUUUUAUAGAUAACCAUGACAACAUCCCAUAUGAAUGGGCAUGUUACAGAGGAAUCAGACAGCGAAGUAAAAAAUGUUGAUCUUGCAUCACCAGAGGAACAUCAGAAGCACCGAGAGAUGGCUGUUGACUGCCCUGGAGACUUGGGCACCAGGAUGAUGCCGGUACGUCGAAGCGCACAGUUGGAACGUAUUCGGCAACAGCAAGAAGACAUAAGGCGUAGGCGAGAGGAAGAAGGGAAAAAACAAGAACUUGACCUUAAUUCUUCCAUGAGACUUAAGAAACUAGCCCAAAUUCCUCCAAAGACUGGAAUAGAUAAUCCUAUAUUUGAUACAGAAGAAGGAAUUGUCUUAGAAAGUCCUCAUUAUGCUGUGAAAAUACUAGAAGUGGAAGACUUGUUUUCUUCACUUAAACACAUCCAACAUACUUUGGUAGAUUCUCAGAGCCAGGAGGAUAUUUCACUGCUUUUACAACUUGUACAAAAUAAAGAUUUCCAGAAUGCAUUUAAGAUACACAACGCUGUCACAGUACAUAUGAACAAGGCCAGUCCUCCAUUUCCUCUUAUCUCCAAUGCACAAGAUCUUGUACAAGAGGUACAAACUGUUUUGAAGCCAGUCCAUCAGAAGGAAGGGCAAGAAUUAACUGCUUUGCUGAAUGCCCCACAUAUUCAGGCACUUUUACUGGCCCAUGAUAAGGUUGCUGAGCAGGAAAUGCAGCUGGAGCCCAUUGCAGAUGAGAGACUUUAUGAAAGCAUUGGCCAGUAUGGAGGAGAAAGGGUCAAAAUAGUUCGUAUAGAAAAGGCUCGGGAUAUUCCAUUGGGUGCUACAGUUCGUAAUGAAAUGGACUCUGUCAUCAUUAGUCGGAUAGUAAAAGGAGGUGCAGCAGAGAAAAGUGGUCUGUUACAUGAAGGAGAUGAAGUUCUGGAGAUAAAUGGCAUUGAAAUUCGAGGAAAAGAUGUCAACGAAGUUUUUGACAUAUUGUCUGAUAUGCAUGGUACUUUGACAUUUGUUCUGAUUCCCAGUCAACAGAUCAAGCCUCUUCCUGCCAAGGAGAUAGUAAUCCAUGUAAAGGCUCAUUUUGACUAUGACCCCUCAGAUGACCCCUAUGUUCCAUGUCGAGAGUUAGGUCUAUCUUUUCAAAAAGGGGAUAUACUUCAUGUGAUCAGUCAAGAGGAUCCAAAUUGGUGGCAAGCCUACCGAGAAGGGGAUGAAGAUAAUCAGCCUCUAGCUGGGCUCAUUCCAGGGAAAAGCUUUCAGCAGCAAAGGGAAGCCAUGAAGCAGACCAUAGAAGAAGAUAAGGAGCCAGAAAAAUCAGGAAAACUGUGGUGUGCAAAGAAGAAUAAAAAGAAGAGGAAAAAAGUUUUAUAUAAUGCCAAUAAAAAUGAUGAUUAUGACAAUGAGGAGAUCUUAACUUAUGAGGAAAUGUCACUUUAUCAUCAACCUGCAAAUAGAAAAAGACCUAUCAUCUUGAUUGGUCCACAGAACUGUGGCCAGAAUGAGUUGCGCCAGAGACUCAUGAACAAAGAAAAAGACCGUUUUGCAUCUGCAGUUCCUCAUACAACUAGGAGUAGACGAGACCAUGAAGUACCUGGUAAAGAUUACCACUUUUUUUCACGGCAAGCAUUCGAAGCAGACAUAGCAGCUGGGAAGUUCAUUGAGCAUGGUGAAUUUGAAAAAAAUUUGUACGGAACCAGCAUAGAUUCUGUGCGGCAAGUGAUCAACUCUGGCAAAAUAUGUCUUUUAAGUCUUCGUACACAGUCACUGAAGACGGUCCGGAAUUCAGACUUGAAACCAUAUAUUAUCUUCAUUGCACCCCCUUCACAAGAAAGACUUCGGGCGUUAUUGAUCAAAGAAGGCAAGCAUCCAAAGUCUGAAGAACUGAGAGAAAUCAUUGAGAAGACUAGAGAGAUGGAGCAGAACUACGGCCAUUACUUUGAUGCAGCGAUUGUGAAUUCAGAUCUUGACAAAGCCUAUCAGGAGUUGCUUCGGUUAAUUAACAAGCUUGAUACUGAACCUCAAUGGGUGCCAUCCACUUGGCUGAGGUGAAGGAAACAUCCAUCCUAUGGCGUGACUGGACUUGAUCUGGGAAACUACCAAUAGGAAGAUAGCCUUGAUAUUCCAGUGAGACUCUCCUGAGUACAAGGUGGCAAGCUGAGAAAGCUGUAGACGUAUUCUUAGAUUUCUUAAUGAGAAGAAAGUCUCCUUACCAAUUUGUGUAAGGAUUCAAUACUCUCCACAAAUGGCUUUAGGGGUCUUGCCUCAUUUUAGUUUUCUAAAUGAAAGCUUUCAAUAGAGUUGUUCCAUUUUAUCCAUUUUUUAA